UGGUCAUCUCCUGUACUACGUCCGCAGUCUCUGGUCAUCCCCUGUACUGUGUCCGCAUUCUCUGGUCAUCUCCUGUACUGUGUCCGCAGUCUCUGGUCAUCUCCUGUACUGUGUCCGCAGUCUCUGGUCAUCUCCUGUACUGUGUCCGCAGUCUCUGGUCCGUCUCCUGUACUGUGUCCGCAGUCUCUGGUCCGUCUCCUGUACUGUGUCCGCAGUCUCUGGUCCGUCUCCUGUACUGUGUCCGCAGUCUCUGGUCCGUCUCCUGUACUGUGUCCGCAGUCUCUGGUCAUCUCCUGUACUGUGUCCGCAGUCUCUGGUCAUCUCCUGUACUGUGUCCGCAGUCUCUGGUCAUCUCCUGUACUGUGUCUGCAGUCUCUGGCCAUCUCCUGUAUUGUGUCCGCAGUUUCUGGUCAUCCCUUGUACUGUGUCCGCAGUCUCUGGUCAUCUCCUGUACUGUGUCCGCAGUCUCUGGUCAUCUCCUGUACUGUGUCCGCAGUCUCUGGU